CGGCUGCAGCUUCCUGUCAAGCUCCAUCUCUCUGCUCACUCUCGACCAAUCAUUCUUUCUCUUUCUUUCCUUCUUUUUUCGUUUCUUUCUGUCUCUGCUCAUCCUGCUCUCUGCACCUCGCCGUUCAGAGCAGGGUUGUGUAUUGUCGGGGGUUUUGUGUUGUCAGCUAGAGGAGGAAACAUGCAGCAUCCUGGAGGAACAUGCGUGGCGUUACCCAACGUGGACGCCUGUCCUCAGCUGUCCUGCGCCGCCCUCACCUUCAUGUAUUUACAGCAGGGUAACCAGGACACACCGGCACCCCCGGACCCAUCCAUGGCCCAAGCUUACCCAUCAGCCCAGUUUGCCCCCCCUCCCCAGAACGGCAUUCCAGCUGAGUUCACAGCUUCACACCCCCAUCCACAUCCACACUCCCACCCACAUCCACACCAGCACCCAGCAGUACCACAGGACUACACCGGGGUCCAGGCCUCCGUCAGUGAGCAUCCACUCAACAUGUACCAGUCCUCACAGAACCACAGUGAGCAGAGCGGGUCAGACUCCGGCAGUCAGACGGUCACCGGCACAGCCACACAGACAGAUGAUGCCGCCCAGACGGACAGUCGGCCACCGUCACAGACUGUACCUGAAAGCACAGACAGCAAGGCCCAACCCAAGAGACUUCAUGUCUCCAACAUCCCCUUCAGGUUUAGAGACCCAGACCUCAGGCAAAUGUUCGGCCAAUUUGGCAAAAUCUUAGAUGUGGAAAUCAUCUUCAACGAGCGCGGCUCUAAGGGUUUUGGGUUCGUAACAUUCGAGCAUAGCGUGGACGCCGACAGGGCCAGAGAGAAAUUACAUGGCACCGUCGUAGAAGGCCGUAAAAUAGAGGUCAACAAUGCAACAGCCCGAGUAAUGACAAAUAAGAAGACCGUCAACCCAUAUGCAAAUGGCUGGAAGUUAAAUCCAGUGGUCAGCGCUGUCUACAGCCCAGAAUUCUAUGCAGUACCAGGUUUUCCCUACCCAACAGCCAGUGCAGCAGCAGCGUACAGAGGAGCCCACCUAAGAGGUCGAGGACGGACCGUGUACAACACAUUCAGGGCAGCUGCUCCACCUCCCCACAUUCCAGCUUACGGAGGUGUUGUUUACCAGGAUGGAUUUUAUGGUGCAGAUAUUUAUGGUGGUUACGCUGCCUACAGAUAUGCCCAGCCUACUGCUGCCACAGCUGCUGCAUACAGUGACAGUUACGGACGAGUAUAUGCUGCCGACCCCUACAACCACACACUCACUCCAGCAGCCACAUACAGCGUUGGUGCCAUGAACGCGUUCACCCCACUGACAGAUGCGAAAACUCGGAGCCAUGCCGACGAUGUGGGGCUUGUGUUGUCCUCUCUCCAGGCUAGUAUAUACCGGGGAGGCUACAGCCGCUUCGCACCCUAUUAGCAACACCUCCAACCUAUACUCAACCUUCCAACAGGACAGAAAGAAAGUGUGUGCGCAAGAGUGUGUGAGCGAAUGAAAAGAACAGAGAGAACGAGUUAUCAGAGCAGAGACGUUACUGAGGCCUGGGUUUUGCAAUACAUGCAGUUUGUGCAUCAUUUCAGCAUCUUCUAAGAGAGAAGUACAAAAAAAAAAAGAUAAAAUGACAGCUGAUAUUUUUCAUCUAUACCUCAGAUAUUUUGUGCUGUGUAUUUUGAUAUUGUGGGUUUUUAAUUUCUAAAGAUUUAAACCUAGAUUAUCAGCUGUAGAGGUUUUUCAAUGUUACUAUUAGAGAGCUGCUAGAGUAAUGAUUAGGACACAAAUAAAUAUUUAUCAGAUUCAAAUUGUCAGGGCUUGUAUAGAGAUCCAACCCUGUAAGAUAGAUAAUAGUCACAUUUUGGAGUUUUUAUGUUUUGUAUGAGUGUUAAAGUGACUUUGAUAGUCAAGUGUUGUUGUUUUUCGUGUCACAGCUUCCUUUGGCACUUCCUCUGUUAGUUUAGCAAUGCUAGCUACCGGGGGGUAGCUAGCAUUGCAACCCCUUUGGUUUGGGAGGAAGUAAUGAAUCCUUGGAAAGCAUGGACAGAGACAAAAAGUUCCUCUCUGAACUUUUGUGGAAAGGGUGGGCAUAAGAGAAGCUGAGAACAGCCAUUAUUGCUAUUUUUAGGUUACCUCGAAAACAAGCUAUUUACUUGUGACUGCAACUUUACGAUCAUAUGCUCAUAGUUAUUUCGCAAAAACAAACAUUUCCCCAGACAAACUCCUAUGUAGUGUCUGCAUAGUCAUGAAAACUGCAUGUAUUGUAUCCCAAUUUCAUUGAAUGCAAUAUGAGGUGUUUUUGUUUUGUAAAAUACGAAAUUGCAUUGCAUUCAAAAAAAGGAAAAUAAAAUCAUCCACCAAAUGUUCAACCUCCACAGACAUCCUUUUUUUGGCCAAAUGAGAUUGGCAUGUUGUGUAGCCUGAGAAUAGAUGUCGAAUUUUUAAUCCAUGUGAUUUGGUAUGAAUUCAGGAUCAAAACUAAACUUGGAUCCAAUAUGUUUCUAUACCAGUGCAAUCCAAUGAAACCGCUAGUUGCAACUAACUGCUGAUGUAGCAUUUGAUCUUAAUAGUUAUGUAAAAGCUCAUUGUGUCUCUUUAACAUUUCGCCGUUAAGAUUAUGCAAAAAGUCAAUGUACCCCUUCUUCACUGACACAAUUACCACAACGACUCACUUCAUCAGUUCCUAUGGCUACAUUGAUUAGAUAGGCUAACAAUACAUAUGCAUUAAAUAAUUGCAAGGUAAACAUCUCGUAAUUACAAGAUAGUAAGUCAGAACUACAAGUUAAGAUCUUCAGUUCUUUUUUUCUUUUGGUGACUGCAAUGCAUUUUCACAAUAAAAUUCUUUGUUUGAUAUUUCUAUCCAAAAAUGCAACAAGUUUCAAUAAGGGCAUUUGUGCUUUUUCAUAAGUUAAGUUGAUAAACGGGGUCAUGAACUCCUAAUAAAAAAAUAGUAUUAGCAGUCACAGCUGCUCUCCACUUCCACAGACAGUCCAAGUGUUUUACUUUUUUUGUUGGGAGAGAAUGGUGUGAGUCAGCACAAUAUCCAGCCAGUAGGUUUACCGACUGAAUGAUGUGCUGAUAUCUUACAUCACUUCAAGCCAAAGGUUCUGAUGGACAUAUCUGCCGUGUUUAUGUGUAUAGUGAAGAUGCUACAUAGAUAUGAACUAUGAGAUGACAAAAAAGAAUUGCCAUGGCAACUAAACUGUGCAACCAUUUAAUUGCUUAGUCAACAUGCUGUGAUACGAAAAAGAGUUAGGGCCACAUUAAUAAAAAAAUAAAGAUUAACUAAGACAAAUUAGAUAAAUUGCUGAAUUCUAAGGAAAAAUGUCAGGAUCCUGGAGAAGAAACUUUAAUUACAGGAUUGGGACUUAGAAUUUAAAGAUUAAAUGUUUUGUGACACUAAUCUUCUUCCGUGUUGGCCAUCCAGACAUAGAUGUUUUUUAUAUAAACUUCCAAUAUAUUCAUUGGUAUAAUUGAUGAUUUUUAUAUUACAGGAGAGAUUUAAAAAAUAUAUAUAGCAGUGGCCAAAGCCAUUGUGUCUAUUUUAUCUCUUUGUUAAUUUUGUUUUGCCUUGUUGUUUUGUUUCUCUCAUUGAUACAUUUUAAAGGGGGUAAAGUACAUUAUAAUAAUCCUACAAUGUAUUAUAUUUGAACUGUGCAGUGAAGAUGUUCUCUCAUAUGAAAUACACAAUGGUAUAAUGUUUUAGACUUAGAAGAGUAGAUCACUUGUUAGGACGAGCUAUCUCAUUUUCUAUCAAAUCAUAUUCUGAUUUUUAUUAACUCUUUACAAAUAAUGUAAUCACAAUGUAGAUUCUCAUAUUCAUCGAUUUUGUUUGUCAACUGUACAAUUUUGCACAUGCAAUUUGUCAUUUUCAGAUAAACCUGAGACAUAUCAGUGCUGUAGUUGUAAUUUUUCUUAACCUUUUUUUAAAUCUUUGUUUUGUUCUGUGAUUUGGGAUUCUUUCUCUUUCCUCUUAUUUCCUUCUUAAUGUGACAUCCUAUCUGUUUUUUUCUAGAACUCCACCUUACUUUGAAAAUUAACUGUUUAAUUAUUAUCAUAUUAAAUAAAUAUGAUAAUAAAUUAUUUGUGAACAGGCUAAUCUGCAGUAUGAUGUAAAUAGAAGUUAAUGGAAUAAAUAUGUAGUCUAUUUGAAAAGCACUACAUGGGCAACAGGAGCUCUGCUACGGCUGCAUUGCAAGCCAGCCUACGGGCCGCUUCCUGUACCACAUUCUGUUUACAACUAUUCCCAAUUAGUGCUGUUGUUACAUAUCUCCCUUUUUGUAUUUAUAACAAAUUAGAUAGGAAAAACUCUCAGAUGCAUCACAUAAAAAAGGCAGCAGUAAGAGCUGCGGGGCCGAUUGACUCCGCCGGUUCAAACCUUCGUCUGUGUCGAUCAGAAACUGGACAAUUCGUAGUCCUCACUAUGCUGAAUGUCUGACUCCGCAACUACUUUAUACAGGCUCUGCUUCCAGUAGGUGUUGUGGUUCAAAACAAGGCUUCCUACCCAGUCAUUGUAUGUGCAUGUACUAUGGUUCUUCCACUAAUCAAUAACCAUCAAUAAAGUUUUGUUUUCUCAAGA